AUGAAUGCAUCAGGAGCCAACAUGGUGACUGAAUUCAUACUUUUGAGUUUUUCCUGCUCUAGAGAGAUUCAGGUCCUCCUCUUCAUGCUGUUCCUUGUGUCCUACAUCCUGACACUGUUGGGAAAUGGGGCCAUUGUCUGUGCAGUGAAGCUGGACCAAAAGCUCCACACCCCAAUGUACCUCCUGCUGGCCAACUUCUCCUUCCUGGAAAUCUGUUACAUCAACACCACUGUCCCAAAUAUGUUAGGAAACAUCCUGUCCGAGACAAAAACCAUCUCUUUCACAGCCUGCUUCCUGCAGUUCUACUUCUUCUUCUCCUUGGGUAUCAGUGAGACCUUCCUAUUGCCCCUUAUGGCUUUUGACCGAUACUUGGCCAUCUGUCGGCCUCUCCACUAUCCCACCAUCAUGAGCAAUCGUCUCUGCACAAUCUUGGUGAGCCUCUGCUGGGUGACUGCCUUCCUCUGCUAUCCAGUGCCUAUCUAUUUUAUCACUCAACUCCCCUUUUGUGGCCCCAAUACCAUUGACCACUUUGUCUGUGACCCUGGUCCUCUCCUGGCCCUGUCCUGUGUUCCUGCACCUGGAAUUGAACUUUCCUGUUCCUUAUUGAGUUCAAUCAUUAUCUUCAUCACCUUCUUCUUUAUCCUUGCCUCCUAUACCCUGGUCCUCAGAGUUGUGUUUCGUGUGCCCUCAGCUGCUGGAAGGCGCAAGGCUUUCUCCACCUGUGGUUCUCACCUAGUUGUGGUGUCUCUGUUUUAUGGAACUGUUACGAUGAUGUACAUCAGCCCGAACUCUGGGAAUCCAGCUGGGACACAGAAGGUUGUAACCUUGAUCUACUCAUUGUUGACCCCACUUGUAAACCCACUCAUCUACAGUCUCCGGAACAAAGACAUGAAGGUAGCCUUGAGAAGAAUUAAGAUACUCACUAAAAUUAGUCAAAAUUCAUUAGCGCUCAUAAGUGGACCAUAUUUUCUCCCCAUUUGA